AUGCAAACAGACCCUUCAGCUGGACACGCAGCUCAAGACAGGACGACUGAAGCUACAGACGCUGAGAAGGAAGAAGAGAAGAUCGUUCUGCAGCAGGUAAUCAUCAUCUUCAACAUCUGCAUCAUCUCCACCAUGAAGACGCUGACUCUGUCUGCACUUCUUUGUGCCAUGAUGGCUCUGACCAGAGCUGCUGCUCUUCCAGACGCAGAGGAUGGACCUUGGACAGAGGGAACUAGUGUCCAAGUUCUUCCAGACUCAGAGGCUGGAAACUGGACCGACUCAUUCACUCCAAGAGAGAGUCAUGUUGUCAAGAGGUCCGCAUCUUGUUCCGAGGUUUGGACUGAUUUCAGUGGUCGCUGUUUCCUCUACGUUCCACAAUCCAUGAAUUGGGCUGCGGCUGAGAGAAACUGUAUGUCCAUGGGUGGACACCUUGCAUCUGUACACAACAUCCAGGAGUACCGUGAGAUUCAAUCGUUGAUAUUGAGGGCCACUCAAAAUCAAGGAUUAGCAUGGAUUGGGGGAUCUGAUGCACAACAGGAGGGAGUUUGGUUCUGGAGUGAUGGAAAGCCUUUCAGCUUUUCUCACUGGUGUCCUAGAGAGCCUAAUAACCAUCAAGGUAGUCAGAACUGUCUGCUAAUAAAUCACUCAGAUAAGAAAUGCUGGGACGAUGUGCAAAGUGAUAGGCAGCUCCCAUCUGUCUGUGUCAGAAAUGGCUGUUAAACGCAUGAAGAACGUGUCAAAAAAACAAAUACUGAUCAAUUUGUGUUUGUGUCCACCAGUCUCAUAUUUGAACUGAAGGCUUUAUAACUCAUAAAAUGACAUCUUUAUUUCUUCUCUAUUGCUGUAAUGAAAAGAAAGCUUUUAGCACAACUUUAUUCUGCAGAGUGAACUGUUUUUUCUUGUCUUAUGCAAAAUUAAAAUCUCAAGCAUUGAAACAA